AUGUGGUACAAUCGCUUAAGUGAAUACUUGUUGAGUAAAGGUUAUGUCAACAAUGCGAUUUGUCCAUGCGUGUUCAUAAAGAAAUCCUCAACGGGUUUUGUGAUCAUUGUUGUAUAUGUUGAUGACCUGAACAUGAUUGGAACUCAAAAGGAGAUUGAUGAUGCAAGAACUCAUAUGAAAGAUGAGUUCGAAAUGAAAGAACUUGGAAAGACAAAGUUUUGUCUGGGGCUUCAGAUAGAGCAUUUCCAAGAUGGAAUAUUUUUGCAUCAAUCAAAUUACACCAAAAGGGUAUUAAAGCGCUUUUAUAUGGAUAAAGCGACUCCUUUGAGUAGUCCAAUGGUCAAUAGAUCGCUUGAUGUAAACAACGAUCCAUUUCGACCUACUGAAGAUUCUGAAGAAAUGUUAGGUCCUGAAGUACCUUACAUGAGCGCCAUCGGGGCACUUAUGUAUUUUGCAAAUUGCACUAGACCAGAUAUAGCUUUUGCUGCUAAUCUGCUUGCAAGAUACAGCUCAUCGCCUACCAUAAGACAUUGGAAUGGAAUAAAACAUAUAUUCCGUUAUCUUCAAGGUAUGAUUGAGUUUGGAUUAUAUUAUUCAAGAAACCCCGAAGUUGGUUUAGUUGGUUUUGCAGAUGCUGGCUACUUGUCUUAUCCGCAUAAGGCUCGAUCGCAAACCGGUUAUGUUUUUACAUACGGUGGAACCGCGAUCUCCUGGCGUUCCCAAAAACAAAAUUUGGUUGCAACGUCUUCAAACUAUGCGGAAAUCAUUGCUCUCCAUGAGGCAUGUAGAGAGUGUGUAUGGUUGAGAUCUUUGAUCCAACAUAUACAAGAAGCCAGCGGAGUAUCUACAAAGAAAGAGCCAACAACAAUCUACGAAGAUAACUCUGCAUGUGUCACUCAACUCAAAGAAGGCUAUAUCAAGAGCGACAGGACAAAGCACAUCCCUCCAAGAUUUUUCUCUUACACUCAAGAAUUUGAGAAGAAUCAAGAAGUGGAUAUUCAGUAUGUUCGCUCUAGUGACAAUGCAGCUGAUCUCUUCACAAAGGCGCUUCCCACUACAGUUUUCAAGAAGCAUGUUUAG